UAGUUUCUGUCCCUAGACACAUCAUAUCCACCCACCAUCACCUCCACUCUGCCCCCCACCUCACUCCACUCUAUCUACCCCCACCUGUCCAAAAUGAAAAAUCCGUCAUUUUCAUCAAACGUCCAACCAAAUAUUAUCUACACUCCAUUCCCGAAGAUCGAAUCUUAUUUAGGGGCGACGGGAUUCGCCAUCUGUUUUUAAAUUUCAUUCCUCCAUGAACUUUAUUUUCCCUCGACUUUUGGACAAAAUUAUAACCCGAUCGAUCCGUUUUCUGGCCACCACCCGUCUACAUAUAUUUUCCUUGUGCGGUCUCUUCACUGUGUGGGUCAAUUUUCUGUCUCACGUCCACACGAACACGUGCAGAACACCGUCUGCAGCUGAUAGAAACUUAAAUGCAGUCCGGCUGAUGUGAGGUGGAGGUUCAGGCUCUGCACCUUCGUUUUUUUUAAACCUCCCCCCUAUUUCUGCGCUCUCAUCCUUACAUCCCUCCCAGCGCCCGGAUCUCUACCUUUUCGCGCGCUCUCCCCUCGCACCUCUGACCGUUUCUCCUUGUUUUCCUUUUCAUGUUUUGCUAACAUUGCUAAUAUAAACUAUAUCAUAACAGAAUACGGACACAAGCAGAUUGGGGUCCCUUUUUUUCCUCGUCAACUUUUUUUCCCGCUCCGAGGAUAACUUUUCUCCGGCUAUAGUCCGCGCGCUGUUUGCUCAUCUCACUCAUCUUGAUUUUUUUUUCUGACGCCCUACGGGCGGUAUUCACUCAUAUUGCCGCUCAUACGUCAUGCCAGUGUAACACUUCACCAAUGUGGUUUAAUGCAGGAGGAAGGAUUCGCUGUCCGAUCUGUUAAAUUGCUCGAUUACCACCAGUCCUCUGCGCACGUCGACAGGAUUCCCAUCAACCUAAGUAGGAGCUGCCGGACAAGUCAAUGAAGGUGCUUCGAUGAAGUGACGCCUUCGUGCGACAGCGACACUUUCCUCCUUGUUUCCUCCUUUCCGGUCGGAUCAAGCGAAGCAGCGAAGAAACUUCAAGUCCAGUCCGUGAGACCGUGAUCGGGCUUCGGCCUCAGGUGCAUCUCUGAGGCGGAGCGACGCGGAGGUCCAGGUUUUGUGGAGGCAUGGACUGUAACUGCGUCAGUGAUCUGCUGCUCCCCCCGGUGCCCGCCCUCUGGACGCCAGGGAUCGCCUUCCCAGAGUGGGCCUACAAGCCCGAGUCGAGCCCCGGCUCCAGACAGAUCCAGCUGUGGCACUUCAUCCUAGAGCUCCUGCAGAAGGAAGAGUACCAAGGGGUGAUAGCCUGGCAGGGAGACUACGGGGAGUUUGUCAUCAAGGACCCAGACGAGGUGGCCCGACUGUGGGGGAUAAGGAAAUGCAAACCUCACAUGAACUAUGACAAACUGAGCAGGGCUCUGAGGUAUUACUACAACAAGCGUAUUUUGCACAAAACCAAAGGGAAGCGUUUCACCUACAAGUUUAACUUCAGUAAGGUUGUGCUGGUGAACUACCCCAUCCUGGACAUGGCCAGCUCGCCCUUCUUCCUUGCCCAGAACCAUUUCAACGGGGGCUCCACCACACCAGACUGCAGCCCAGAGGUACACACGGCCAUACAGUCCUUGUUUCCUCGUUUGCCAGACACCAGCAGAGGAACCUCCCUUUUCGAUCGGGGGACCACAGCACCAGGACCUGAAGGGGACAAACUGAGACUGGACUCAUUUCCUUUCCUAAGUUCAGGUGCACCGUGCUAUUCAAAACCCCCGUCCCUGCUGGGCCCGUACCCUCGCAACCCACCCUUUGACUACCCCUGGGGCUUCAACCCCUACCUCCCAGGGGCCUUCUCUCUCAACAACUGCCCCAAAUUGCCCCCUGGCUCCCUCUACCCCUCCCAGUUUUACCCCAACCCCUUGCAGAGCAGCCUUUCACAGCUGCCUCACCCCUUCUCCUCCCUGCUCCCGCCUGGAGAGGCAGGUGGGGGUGAGAGGGGAGCAGCGGGGCAAACUGGCGGGACAAAUGGCACAGCGGGUGGUCAGCCGGCCAGACUCUGCCUGCCGCCGUACCAGGGCAGCCUGUCGAUGGGUCGGACAGACAUUGGCAGCGGGGCGACACUGGGAGAAAGGGUGGAGCCCAAUCCUCCGGGUCUCGGCUUGACCUUGGGCCUGGGAGCGGUCAGCUUAGGAGCUGGGACUGGGACAGACCAGCAGAGCCCCACAGAGAGAAGAGGAGGGGUGAAGCAGGACCCAGAGUCAGACUCAGACCUGGAGAUAACAGAUCUGAGCGACUGCAGCUCGGACAAUGAAAACGAGCAUGAAUUUGGCAUUCGGAAGGAAUCCAGCCAUGCGAACCGAUCACAGCUUGUGUUAGAUGGGAAGAAAGGAAGCGUGUUGCCUCCCAUCUCCUCUCUUCCUCCACCAGUGUCCCCACAUCCACUCAAGAGCCUGAUGCCCAUUACUCCUCCUCCUCCAUCCCUGCCUAGGUCACUCUCACCUUCCAUGGCUCUGCAUGAAAGACACAGGGAGACAGAGACUCUCAAACUGAUACACAGCUAAGACAUUUUCUGAUGUGUCCACCAUCUUGCCAGUCUAUGGUCUGAUAACUCUCUUUUUCUCUCCUUGUUUCUCUGAGAUGAAUUUUCCACUUUAAAUCAUCAGAUCUUUUCCAGCCCUUUUCCAGGAAUGGCAGUUAACUUCUUUUACUUCUAAAACUGCAGUUUUCCUGUUUGCUGUGCAAGUUUUGAGCUUGCCAGCAGUCCAUUACACUACUGAUUCAUUCAUCUUAGAAUAUAUGGGGUGUACAGUUUUUAGAGUGUCGGCUGUCUCGUCCUUUUUAUUUUGAUCUCUCGCACCAAAUGGUUUGUAGAUUUGCUUUAUGCAUUGCCAGCACUAGUCUACAAUUUGCUGUCUGCAGCUGAGCUACGAAAGAAGGCAUCGAGGUGGGAAAUUACAACACAGCAAUUCCUGCCUUGACAAACAUUAACAAACAACAUCCCUAAACUAACAGAACAACAAAUGAUGCUCAGAUCGAUCCAAUUUUACAGAUUUGUCCUGUAAUUCUACAGAUUUAGACUAUAAAUAAUUACUGUGGCUUUUAAGACAUGGUCAAAUACUGCCACCUAGUGGUCCUUUCACUCAAUGUCGUUUUCAAAGAACUGCAAGUGUGUGAGUGAAGCUACUGCCCUGAGUUCAUUUUGCACUGUUUUUUAAAAUAUAUAUAUUGUUUAUUGUGGGUUAAUUUAAAUGUUAACAAUCCAUCUGUUCAAUAGUGCUAACUGUGACAGUCUGUGCGUAUUUACUUUGUCUUGGUGCACAUUUUCUAACAGGAAAGAAAAAGAGAGCAGGAGGGAGCUGGACCAAUCUAGAAUUUGUAUGAAUAUUUCUGUAUAUAUUUUAAUAUGGUGUACAUGACAUUUAAUUAUAAUUCACUAUGAUAAGAUUUAGCUGUAUUGUUGUGAUUUUAUUCAGUAUUUAAACAUGUUGGAAAAUUAUAAGCUUAGGUGUAUCAAAAUUGAAAUUAUUAAUGGCAGAAGAUCUGCACUCUGAAGACUUUUUUUUAAUGUUGAGGACAGAGCUCACGUUGGGAUUUGUCUCUGAUUUCCUCAACCCCAGUUAAUUGUGCCCUUUGGUCAUUUUGUUCUUGCCAGAUGCCCAGUGUACAAACCCUUUGGGUUCAAAAACAUGCCGGCAGACUUAUUUUUCUAGUUAGCAUUCACCCAAUGUUCCUGUACUGUAAUUAAUCUAAUGUGAAUAAUAUUGGUCUUUGCAUUUUCUUCUUUAAAUCCUCCCCCCAAAAUCUGUUUUGAUUAUUUUUCAAUCGAUUCUUUUUGUCCAUGCCAGCAGCAGAGCAAUUUGUUUUGCUUGAGGACACUAAACAGUGGUGGGAGGGAAUACUUACAAAAAAAACCUGUACCUUUCCUCUCCCCAGAUCUUAUGACCAACAUCCUUUCUACAGCCCUGUUUCUCAGCGUGGAGUGAACAGUGAAUCAUAUUGUACAGUUUCAUAGCCUUUAUGCCGAUGGUUUGUCAAACAGUGGCAGUAUACCGAUUAUUUGUGAAAGCUCUAUUGUAAAGUUAAUGUAAAACUCUAUGUUUGUUGAGUUGCUCCAGGAAAGGCCUCCAGUCACCUCCACAGGAAGAACACUAACAGCUGUAAAUACUAUUUCCUCGUGUGUGUGUGUGUGUAUGUGUGUACACAUCCAGAAAUGACAGUGCAGUGGUUUUACCUGUCAUCUUUCUUUGUUUUACUGUAAAGAGGAAAAAUGGAAAGUGCAAAAAGAAGAAAAAGAGUAAUAUCUUCAAAAGCAAUAAAUAUUAUUCUGGAU